AUCAUAUCCAUCUGCACCUCCCUGUUUCUUGUGAUGUCUCCAUGUGGCCUUAUCAUAACUCAUGAGGAAUUACUGGGGCUCAGAAAGACUUGGUUACUCAUCUAGGGUUGUCCAGAUUAUAAGUGUGAUAGAUAGGACAUAAAACGUGAACCCUGGGCCCCUGGAAGUCCUCCAUGCUCUUCUUAUGAUUUGAAAGUCACUAUUGAAGACAUUUAGAUUAUUCUGUAGUCUAGAGCAAAAUAUACAAUGUAUUUUCUUUCUUCAAUCUAUCAGCUCAACCAAAUCCCAGGAGAGGAGAACCCUAUUUUUCUCCCUUCGAAUGCCAAAUAUGACUGGCUUUUGGCCAAAAUCUGGGUGCGUUCCAGUGACUUCCACGUACACCAGACCAUCACCCACCUUCUGUGCACACACCUGGUAUCUGAGGUUUUUGGUAUCGCCAUGUAUCGCCAGCUGCCUGCUGUGCACCCCAUUUUCAAGCUGUUGGUGGCACAUGUGAGGUUCACCAUCGCCAUCAACAACAAGGCCCGCGAACAGCUCAUCUGCGAGUAUGGCCUCUUUGACAAGGCCAAUGCCACUGGAGGUGGCGGGCACAUGCAGAUGGUGCAGAGGGCCUUGAAAGACCUGACCUAUGCUUCCCUGUGCUUCCCCACGGCCAUCAAGGCCCGGGGCAUGGAGAGCACUGAGGACAUCCCCUACUACUUCUACCGAGAUGAUGGGCUGCUGGUGUGGGAGGCCAUUCAGACGUUCACAUCUGAAGUGGUGGGCAUCUAUGAGAGUGACCAGGUUGUAGAAGAGGACCAGGAGCUUCAGGACUUUGUGAAGGACGUUUACGUAUAUGGCAUGCGGGGCAAGAAGGCCUCAGGCUUCCCCAAGUCACUCAAGAGCCGGGAGAAGUUGUCCGAGUACCUGACUGUGGUGAUCUUUACGGCCUCGGCCCAGCACGCAGCGGUGAACUUCGGCCAGUACGACUGGUGUUCCUGGAUCCCCAAUGCUCCCCCAACCAUGCGUGCCCCACCGCCCAAGGCCAAGGGAGUGGUGAACAUAGAGCAGAUCGUGGAUACUCUGCCCGACGGUGGCCGCUCAUGCUGGCAUCUGGGUGCAGUGUGGGCUCUGAGCCAGUUUCAGGACAAUGAGCUGUUCCUAGGCAUGUACCCAGAAGAGCACUUCAUUGAGAAGCCUGUGAAGGAGGCCAUGGCCCGAUUUCGCAAGAACCUGGAUGCCAUUGUCAGCGUGAUUGCUGAGCGCAACAAGAACAAAAAGCUGCCCUAUUACUACUUGUCUCCAGACCGAAUACCGAACAGUGUGGCCAUCUGAACCCUGCCUGUGGCAAUCUCACCCGAGGAAGGCCAGCCAGACUCCAGCUUGUGUGGCAGGCUCUGGGGCUGACCUCCUGGCAGCUCACCUCUCUUCCACCAAGCCUAGCAAGUGUGUUGGGGUUUCCUGAUGGGCCAGUUACAAACCAAAGUCUCCUCCAGAAUGUGUCAGGUUGUACCAAAGCUUCAGAGCAUUUUCCUGUUUAUCCAUCCAUCUGUAGCGAAUCCCAUAGUUUGAUCAAAGCAUACAAAUAUUUCAGGGACCCUCCUAUAUAGAGGACUUCAGAGCCUCCUGCCCAGGCUCAGAUGAGUCCUUCCACACUAAAGCAACAGAAAAUCAGGAUAACAGAUGCCAGUUCUUUUUGGAGAUGGGGAAUUUCUGUGCUACUUAUCCUUAGUUUAAUUUCUUGCAUGUAGUAGGUGCCCAAAUAACUUCUUGUUGAAUGAAUUAAGAAUUGGUUGCCAUAAAAAUAAAGUAGUUAUC